AUGAUUGGUGCCAUUGAUGAACAUGUCACUACGCCACGGGACAUGUAUGAUCCUAUUUAUGAUUUAAUGUCAAAACAACUGGUUGAUGCUAACACGGUACACGAUACUAGCGAAUUCUACCAAGCAUGCGCAUAUAAUCGUCUUAAUCAGGUCGAGGAAUACUUAUCAACCGUUCAAGUUGAAAUGAAAGUGAACGACAUUAGGCGUCGGUCAUCAGUCGGUAUUCCUAAUCGGCCGGACACAUCCGCUGUAACCGAAGAUCCUAUCAACUUUUUUGAGGCCAACGAUAUGGGUACUGCAUUACACACGGCCAUAUUACAUCGAAACUACGAUAUUGUCAAACUGUUGAUCGAACAUCAUGCCGUACCGAAUCGAUGCUCAACCGAUCGAACCACCGAGAAACAGAUUCGUCUUCGGCAAACAUUUGAAAUUACGUCCAAAUGGUAUCCCGAGGGCAAACGAGCGUACCGUUCAACAUCAAUGACGCGAGAAGAGUUAAAUGAUUAUGUGGUGGGUUAUACAAAUUCAGCUUUAAAUUUUUUACUUUAUGCUUUAACAUCUCGUGAAUUUCGUCAAGCAUUUAUUAAAUUAUUAUAUAAACAACGAUUUCAACGUAAACAACAGAGACGUCUUGAUAUUAAACGAUUAAAAUGGAAUAUUAAUAAAGGAAUACCGAUAUCGCUUGCUAGUUCUCAAUUAUAUGAUCCAUCAACGGGCCAAUGGAACACCACAGCAAGCAUGGCAACAGCACGCGAUGCUCAUACUGCAACUCUGUCGCAUAUUCACCUUGACGAUUUCGGUACAUUAUUUGCACCUGCUGAUCCAAUUGAGUUAAUAAAUACAAUCUCGGUGUCAUCACGAAUCGGUUGUGCACAAACAUGUAAUCUGAAUUCCUUGUGUCGGACGCUCGAUUAUGAUACAUUAUCUAAACGAUGUCGACUAUUUGAAGGUGAAAUAACAACUGGUCAAGUGAAUAGAUCAGCAGCUGUCCCAUCAACAUCAAGAGUUGGUAGUAUUGCAUAUACACAGCAACUUUAUUUAGUCUAUAACCAAACAUGUAAUCAGUGUCAAAUAAAUCGAUAUUUAUUAUGUAUUAAUAAUACUUGUCAAUGUCCCCCACAUACAUAUUGGAAUGGAUCGAUGUGUUUAAAUCAAGGAUACAAUGGUUCAUCAUGUCAAAAUGGUGAAUGGUGUAGAAAUGAUAAAAAUAUAACAUGUUCUUCAUCUCAUUUAUGUGAUCAGUGGAACUUUACUACAAGCAUGACAAUAGCACGUGAAGAUCAUACUGCAACCCUGCUAAACUCGGGCAAACUUCUUGUCACUGGUGGUAUGAAUACAUCGGGCAGUGCUCUUCCUAGUUGUGAAAUAUAUGAUCCAUCAUCGGGCCAAUGGAACACUACUGCAAGCAUGGCAACAGCACGUGAACAGCAUACUGCAACUCUGCUCAAUUCGGGCAAAGUUCUUGUCACUGGUGGUUAUACAACGUCUGGUUAUCUUGCUGGUUGUGAGAUUUAUGAUCCAUCAUCGGGACAAUGGAACACUACUGCAAGCAUGGCAACAGCACGUGAACAGCAUACUGCAACUCUGCUCAAUUCGGGCAAAGUUCUUGUCACUGGUGGUUAUACAACAUCCGGUAUUCUUGCUGGUUGUGAGAUAUAUGAUCCAUCAUCGGGACAAUGGAACACUACUGCAAGUAUGGCAACAGCACGUCAAGUGCAUACUGCAACCCUUCUCAAUUCGGGAAAAGUUCUUGUCACUGGUGGUGAAGAAUCGUCCGGCCAGCUUGCGAGUUGUGAAAUAUACUAUCCUUAA